GGAGGUCUCACCGCCGGAAGUGGCGGCGGCGCACGCGGCCGCGCGGGGACGGAGGCCGGGCCGGGCCAUGGCGCUGUACAGCGCGGCCGCCGCCGUCCUGGAGGGGCUGGAGCGCGGCGAUGGCGGGAUCAAGACCCUGGUGUACAACAGCCGCUUCCCGCACGUCCGGCAGCUGUACGCCCUGGUGGCCGAGACCCUCCGCUACUCCCCGGUGCUGGAGAAGCUGCUGGCCGGCGCCGCGCUGCUGCAGGCCGAGAAGAAGCUGCCCCUGCAGCUGGCGAAGGUGCUGGUGUACGACCUGCUCUUCGGCAAGGGCCUGAAGUGCGGGGGCCGCUGGAAGGCGCUGGCUCGGCGGCACCGGGCCCGGCUGGAGGCCGAGCUGGCCCGCCUGAAGGUGCAGCAGAAGGUGAGCCGCAACGAGGACCUCCUGGCCCCCGCGCAGGCAGCGAGCCCCGGAGCCUCCCAGGUACCGCGCUACGUCCGAGUCAACACCCUGAAGACUUGUGUGGACGAUGUCAUUGACUUCUUCAAGCGCCAGGGCUACUCCUACCUGGGCAGGGCAGCCAGCGUGGAGAAACUGAGGGCCCUCUCCGGGAAGAAAUUCUUGUUGGAUCUUCAUCUACCGGAGCUGCUGGUUUUCCCUCCGCAGACAGACUUCCACGACAACGUGCUGUACACUUCAGGACACAUAAUUCUGCAGGACAAGGCCAGCUGCCUCCCGGCCUUCCUCCUCAGCCCUGUUGCUGGCUCCCACGUCAUCGAUGCCUGCGCUGCCCCGGGGAACAAGACCAGCCACCUGGCUGCCCUCCUGAAGAACAAGGGCCAGAUCUUUGCCUUCGACGUGGACACCAAGCGCCUGGCCACCAUGAACACCAUGCUGAUGCGGGCCGGCGUCACUGGCUUCCAGCUGGCCCAGCAGGACUUCCUGACUGUGGAUCCCGGGGACCCCAAGUACAGCAAGGUGACCCACCUCCUCCUCGACCCGUCCUGCAGUGGCUCAGGGAUGGUGACCCGGGUGCCGGGGGAGGAGGCUGCCCCCAGCCCUGAGCGGCUGCAGGCGCUGGCUGGCUUCCAGCGCAGGGUCCUGAGCCAUGCCCUGAGCUUCCCAGCUCUCCGGCGCCUGGUCUACUCCACCUGCUCGCUGCACCGGGAGGAGAACGAGGACGUGGUGCACGCUGUGCUGCAGGAGCAGGGCUCAGCCUUCAGGCUGGUGAACGCCUUCCCUUCCUGGCCCUGCCGAGGACUCGCUGCCUUCCCCGGGGCAGAGUGCUGCCUCCGCGCCUCUCCUGCAGACACGCUUACCCACGGCUUCUUUGUGGCUGUCCUGGAGCGGUGUGGGGAAGGGGCGGCUGCCCCCAGCAUCCUGCCUGUGGCAGCAGAGGAGAACCUGCAGCAAGGAGAGGGCACUGAGCCAGGGGCAGCUCCCAAGAAGAGGAAGAGGAAAAAGCAGUGGGUGAAGGAGUGAAGUAAUGUUUUUAGGACUGCACGGUGCCCAGCAGGGACUGGCGGGGAACGCUCCUCUGCUGCCUGAACACCAGUGGGACCUCUGAACACCGGUCACGCUUUGUGCCAGCUGCAGUGCUGUGGAGUUCUGCAAGGCCCCGUUCCCCUGGGACGCCCUGGGAGGGGGCACUGCUCAGGCAGGGCUGGCCCUCGCAGCAGCCCCCCAACAGCAGCUUUGCCCCAAAGCAGUCUGCACCCUGCAGGGCUGGAGCAUGCUAGCUGCAUGGAGGGUCUUGUUUUACCAUGUUCCCUCCCCAAAUCCUUACCCUGCCCUGAUGCAGGGUUUCAGGAAAGCCUGUGAUUGUAGGGAUGAAACAGAUUAAAGUUGCUUUCUCUUGA